AUGGAUGAUAUCCUUAAGUCAUCUCCUUAUGAUUAUAAUAAAGCAAGAAGUAGAUCACAGUCUCCGAAUAAAUCAAAUAGAAAAUCACUUCCUCCAGGGUUUGAGAUGAAAUUACCUUCAUUACCAUAUGUUUAUUCUGAUGAUUUAAAAUCCAUGUCAUCCAAUUCAUCUUCGAAUAAUUCCGGAAGUUCUGUUGCAAGUGAAAAGUUGAAAGAGUUAUCUAAAUCCCCAAUAUCCAAGAAAUUACAUAUAAAUACUAUCGGCGAUGGCCAUCAUGUUAUACCAAUUCCUUUCACUAUUAACUUACCUCCAAAAUUGAGUCCAAAAAAUCGAAAACCAAGAUCACCUUCACCUGAUAGGAAUUCAAGAUCCCCUUCACCUUCCAAGUCAAAGCCCAAACGUUCAAAAUUAGUAUUUACCGGGGUUUCAUAUGAAAAAAUUGAUAAUUCAUCGUCUGAAGAUGAAGUUGAUAUUGAAAAACAACAAAAUGAUCAUAUAACUCAAAUUGAAUUGGCUAAAAGAAGAUUAAGAGAAAUGGAAUCAAGAGAUGAUUCUAAGAAUUUUGCAUCUAAACCAUCAUCAGCUAGUUAUUCACUCCAAUCACCACCUUCAAGUCCAAAGAAGACUGGUCCUCCAUCAGUGAAUUCAAAUAAACGAAAAUCGGCUAAAAGUACCAUCCAAGCAAGACAAUUGAACCAAGAUGAAUUGAGUAUUAUUGAAGAACAAUCACAAUCAGGUAGUAAUAAUAGUUCAAGAACUUCAAGUUUGAGAGAUAAAUCAGAGGAUAAAAGCUUACCAUCAGCUCCUAUGGAACAAAUUAUUGAAAUUCAACCUCCACUUUCACCCGAAAGAGGUCGUGAAAGAGGUAGAAUUAAUAAUUAUGGUUCACCAAUUCAAAAAACCAAUUCCACAUUCAAUUUGAACCAAAUGUUAUCUCCACCUUCAAACACAUCAGCUCCUAAUUCACCAUCACCUCAAACCAGAAACUUAUCUGCACCAUUACCCCAAUCAAGACCUCAAUCACAAUCCCCUGUAAGAACCAAUGUCCGAAUGAUGAAUCCAGGUGCCAUAAUGAGUCAAGAUUCUUUAAACAAAGACUUACCUCCAAUUGCUCAAAAGAUAUCAAUCCCCAGAUACAUGACUGAAGGAGAUAUUUCAAGCUUCAGAAAUCCAAACUCACCUAUCAGAAAUACCCACAAUCAAAUUUUACAAAUUGAAAAACGUAGUUUCAGUGAUGAAAGUAAAGUAUCAUCAGUCAGUUCAUUCAGUACUGUUACCGAUGCCAUUAGUUUCUCCAGUAAACUUCAACAUGAGAUUAAACAACGUAAUUUCAGUGGUGAGUCAGUAGAAUCUGAUGGUUCAACCCUUUCAAAUGGAUCUAAUGAAUCUUGGGAUUCAGUACAAAAAAGUAUUGAUUUGACCAUUAGGGAAUCUGAUUUGGAAAGUGGUGAUAACUAUUCUGAAGAACCAGACUCUGAGGUUUCUGAACAAAUUCUUGAUUCACCAAUAGAAUUUAAAGAACAAAUUGUUCAUAAAUCAGUGGCUCAUAUUCCAGUUAUCACAGACUCCGAUAAUAUUGAACAUUCUAGAGAAGUGGCUUUUGAAGAAGCUAAUGCUACAAUUGAUACUGAAGCCGGAGAAAGUGGAAUUGCUGAUUAUUAUUUGAAUAUGAAUGAAUCAGAGGAUGAAACAGAGUUGGAAGAAGAACAGGAAAUACCAGAGCCUCAGGUAUUGAAAGAUGUAAGACAAGAGUCAGAAUGGGAGUCAACAUCAGAUUCAGCUGAUGAAUCUCAAGAAACUAUUGAAUUCCAAACCAAUGGUGUCGAAGAGAAAGAAGUUAAUGUAGGGGUAGGGAAGAAAUUCGAUUUCCCCAACAAUUUGAAUAAUAUCACCAACUCGGACAUAACCAAGAAGAGAAUUAUAUCUAGUGAAACUUUCAAAUCAGGAAAAUCACAUUUCAGUUACUUUUCUGCCAUCGAUGGUCAAAUAGAGAUACCAGAUUUGAGUGAAGCUUCAUUUAGUGAAGCAGGUACCAUAAGAAGAGAAGCGUACAUGUCUGUGAAUGGUACCAGAUUCAACGAUUUGGUUUCUGAUAGUGAAAGUGAGCAAUUGGAACCUAUUGGAAUCCCCAGUCAAAAAGGAAGAAGAGUUGUUACCGAACAAUUUAAACAUUUAUACGGCAGUGAUGACGAUGACAGUGAUAUCGGAUCAACUAAUUACUCAUUGUAUUCUAAUGCUGUCAAAUCCAAAUCAACAUCUAACUUGUUAUCAGACAAAAAACUUCCCCCAAUUCCUAGUGAUAAUGAAAUGAUCAGAAAUCAAAUCCAAACACCAAUGAGACAGAACAUUAGUCAUAAUAGACUGCAUAGUCGUCAUAACCGUAAUAAGUCUUUGGGAAAGAUCGAAUUCAAUUUAGCUGACUUACAAAAACCAAUUGAAAAAGCUCAACCUUUGGAACAAUCUAGACCAAUGGAACAAGCCAGACCAAUUGAACAAGCUAAACAACAAGCUAAACCAAUCGAACACACAUUACCAAGAGGAAUAGAAUCAAAGGAACAACCAAAACAAUCUAGUGAACCAAUAACACCAGUAGAUGACCAAUUUAAUAUCAAAGUAAACGACCCACCAAUGCCAAUUGAUUACAAAGUUGAUUUCAAAGAAGCUGCAAAAGUCAGAAAUGAAUUCAGAUCAAUGACUCCAACUAUGAAUGAACUCCGAAAGGUAAAAUCGAAGAAAGUUCCAUCUAAAAAGUCAGAUACUAGUGAAAGUAGUUAUGUCACCAGCAGAUCAGGUAAACAAAGUGAUACCACUGAUUUAUCUGAUACCGAAAGUGUAAUGAUAGAUUUAACCAAAGAGAAGUAUGAUGUUUAUACCAUUCAAAGAAACAAUUCUACUCAAUCAUAUAGAUCGGUCACCGAAAGUUUUGGAGGUAAAGAAGUGGAAGUUGUUUUGGUUGAUGAUGAUGAAAGAGAUUUGGAAAGUAUUUAUUCCAAAUAUGGUAAGAAUUGGCUAGGAAGAAGUGAAUCUACUAGGUCAGAUAGAUCAUCUACAUCUAGUUCCUUUUCAUAUACUUCAAUGGCAAGUCAAGGACAAAUUAAUGUCAAAGGACCAAUAACACCAGUUAGAAGUUACAAUUUGAAGAAAACUUCAUCCAUCAAUUCUACUACCAGUAGUAAAUAUAAUUCUAGAAGAAUUAAAUUACCAAAGAAGGUUGAAGAAGUGGAAGAAGAAGAAAAAUAUUUCGAUUACACUAAAUCAACCAGUUUUUAUGAUUUUAAUACUUUCAUAAAUGAAAAAAAUAAAAUAGGGCAAUAG